ACAACACUGAGAACCCACUAUUCCCACUGCAUGUUAAAUUAAACUACGUCUAUUCCAAAACAAUUAUCUCAAUAAAUGCAUCAUCAUUGCAGUAAACAUCACAAGUCAACAUUAUUAUCGCGCAAUAUUACUUAAGUAUAGGUUUUUCAAGUAAAUACAGAUAACCGAUGAGUAGUAUCAUUUUGAAUCAAAAUAUUUAAUUUUAGAUAUUUAUAUAUUGUCCAUCAUUGAACCUGUUUUACCAAUGUCAUCCAGAAGGUGUUUAGUAAAAUAGAUCGGAAAAUGAGUGCAAGGAAGUUAUUCUUGGUUCUAGUGACACUUUUUUGUUUUGUAAAGACAAAUGAAGGUGCAAAAAUCCUGGGCUGGAGUGCAAUGCCUGCUCCGAGCCACAACUUUCUGGGCAAGGCGAUUUUUAGGGCUCUGGCAGAAGCUGGACACGACGUAACCGUCGUCACUUCUUUCCACGAGGAAACACCACCAAAAAAUGGAAAAUGGAGAGAAAUCUUGUUGAAGGGUUUCUACGAAAAAAUGACCAAGCAGUUUGCAACGAUGAAUUUCUUCGAUGACGGCAAGAAAUUGUCAUUCGGUUUUAUGAACAUAUACAAAAUGGUCCUUCAGUUAACAGAAGAUACACUUUCCUACCCCGAGGUGCAAAACCUCAUAAAAUCCGGUGAAAAAUUCGACGUAGUAAUCGUCAGUCAAUUCAUGAACGAGGCACACUACAUGCUGGCUCCGCAUUUCAAUGCACAUUUGAUAGGCUUGAGUACAAUUGGGUCAAGCAACUGGAAUAACUACCUGGUUGGGAAUCCGUCCCUGCCUUCAGUAGACAGAGAAAUGAUGUUAAGCCAUCCCAGAAGGAUGAACUUCUUCCAAAGAAGUUUGAACACACUGGUAUCUGUUAUAAACUAUCUGGCCCGAACUUUCUACCUGUUACCGAACCAUGCUGAAUUGACCAAAAAGUAUAUUUCUGACAAGAUCGACUUCGAAAAGGAGUUGUACAACGUAUCGUUGGUACUUUUGAACUCACAUCCGAGCGUUUCUGACCCAAAACCUCAUGUGCCUAACAUGGUAGAGAUCGGUGGAUUUCAUAUUAAAGAGCCUAAACCUUUGCCUGAGGAUUUGAAGAAACUUUUGGAUGGGGCCAAGCAUGGAGUUAUCUAUUUCAGCAUGGGUUCAAAUAUAAAAAGCAAAGAUCUUCCAGUGGAGAAAAGAAACGUCAUACUGAAGGCGUUCGGUAAAAGAAAAGAGACAAUUUUGUGGAAAUUUGAAGAAGACAGCUUGCCGGGAAAACCAAAAAACGUUAUUAUUAGAAAAUGGUUCCCUCAACAAGACAUCCUUGCACAUCCGAAAGUAAAAGUUUUCUGGACACACGGAGGUUUGCUGAGCACGACCGAGACCGUCUAUCACGGAGUACCGAUUUUAGCCACGCCAAUUCUAGGGGAUCAAGCAACUAAUGCUCAAGGCGCUAAAGACGAAGGAUAUGGCUUGAUAUUGCCUUAUGCUGACAUCGACGAGAACUCAUUGAAUGGAAUGCUUGAUGAACUCGUUUCCAAUCCUAAAUACAGAAAAAAUGUGAAAACUCGCUCUAAAAUAAUGCGCGAUCGGAAAGUUCACCCACUAGACGAGGCUGUCUACUGGGUGGAAUACGUAAUUCGUCACAAUGGGGCGAAACACCUCAGGAUGUGGUAUGUAGAGAUGCCUUGGUACCAGUAUUACUUGCUUGACGUAAUUUUUGCUGUGUUUGCUGUGAUAUGCCUGGCUCUCUAUGUUAUCAAGAAGAUGUGUUCUUUGUGCUGCCGUCGAUACAAGAAAACAACAAGUAAGAAGAUGAAGAAGAAUUGAUUGUUAUAGUAUUUUGUAAUAAAAAAAUUGAACAAUUUAGGAUUUGUUUUGGUACCCCUAAUAGUGCCUCACUUAUUUAUUUAUUUUUGUUUGUAUUCCUGAUUUUUUCAAUUUGUUUUUUUUUUAGUGUUAAUUGUAUGCUUGUUAUUAAUUACCUUUUAUUGCAAUUAUUACACCACCAGAAACAUUGUAUACGAAAUUUGUAAUUUGUUCUGUAUCUAAAUAAAGAC